AUGGCGCCCAAGAAGCCCACCACGACGGCAGAAGUCGCUCUCGUUCCCCUAAAGAACUGUCUCGUCAACUUACCACCGUCACUAGUCGCCUUGUUGGGCAAUGCCAAUACGGCUGCGCAAAAUGUCAUCAUUGAACUGCAAUACAAGUCUCCCUCUGGUAAGGUCAAUGGUGCGCCGCCACAGCGAUCAUGCUUCUUAGGCUGGACGGGUAUGCCGAGCAAGCGGAAGCUCGCGCCGGUGGUUGGCCGCGAAGGCACGAGCGGCGGCUUCUCCAGAGAGCAAGAGAUCUCUGCCGUGGAGUUGGAUACUACGUUUGGACGACUCCUCGGUCUGACCGAAGGGCAAAAGGUCGGGCUACUCGUACACCUUGAUCCACCAGUCGCGCAUACAAUUAACAUUGAGCCUUUGACACCGGAAGAUUGGGAGAUUAUCGAGCUUCAUGCUACAUUUUUGGAACUCAACCUCCUCUCCCAGAUCCGCGCGCUGCCUAACCCAUCCUACAAUGCAGCGCAGUCCGAGCAUAUGCACCCGCUCGCACUGCACCUUUCACCCACCUCGACCGCUAACAUUGUUGUCACCUCCCUUACACCCGCUCCGGACGCUACCUCUCCGUUCGCGAAAAUAGCACCCGAUGCUGAAGUGAUCGUUGCUCCCAAAGUCCGAUCAAAACCCGGGAAAUCACCUCGUGGCGACAGCCGCAGCAAUGCCGGUAGUAGCAGAAAGAGCACCGGUGGCCGCAGUUCCGGUAGCACAGUACGCCCUAAGAGCCGGUCUGAUUCCCGAGGCGCCUUGUACUUGCGAGGGGUAGAACGCCUAGCCGCAGAUCAAUAUUUUGAUGCAGAGAUGGACGAGGACGAGAAUGACGGAUUCCGGGUCUGGGUUGACCCGGAGCUCUUGGCUUCUAAUGAACUACGGGGCGCAGGCUGGGCGUGUGUCUCUAUUGUUCAGCCCGCUGGUCUGAAGCCUCCCGUGGAUCCUCAACAGCAACUUGCUCAACAAGAGCAGCAGAAAUCCAAUGAAGGAGGUUCUCCCACAACAAAGCUGGUUGCCAAGCUGCUACCAUGGGAAGAGGCACCCGACAGCAGGCAUGUGGCCAUUUCGACUUUGUUGUGCAGUUCGCUCGGCGCCGAAAACAUGGUGGGUGGGAUCGUUCGUGUCGAGGCCGCUCCCCCUCAGCUUCACAGAUCGGCAGUCAAGACUCUCAAGUUGUAUCCGUUUAUGACCGAUGCAUCGAAGAAGAAGGAUGGUCUGAAAUUUGGUGCUGACACGGCGGCCUCUCGAGAUGCCCUGGCAGAGCGUCUCAAGGUCAUCUAUGGCAGCACCGGCUCUGACAUUGGACUGUUCUCGGGACCUUUGACUGAUGGAAUGGUUCUUCCUAAAGUUGAAAACCAUCCUUCGGUCUCCUCAUUCGAUGGUGCUAUUCUUCGCUUUGAUCCUCCCUUGAAGAACGGUCCUGAAGAGACGAAGACGAUGUUCGGGUGGCUUCUAGGUUCUGAAGCUAAGUUGAACCUUGAAGUGCAAGCAGAAAUACCUAAGCCAUCUGAUGUGGGCUCAUCUGCAUUGCCUUCUGAGGACUCGAUUUCAGACACUGUCCCCCAAUUGGUGGGCAUUGACUCGAUCAUCUCUCAGUCCCUGACAAAUUUGACAAAGUCUUCGUCCAUCUUGUUGACUGGCGGACUUGGGGCUGGAAAGACUGCCCUGGCCCACCUAUUAGCUCACCGUUUGCGCAAGGAUCAUCUUUUCAACGUGAAGUACUUCAGUUGCCGCAAGCUUGUCACGGACGAGACACGAAUUUCCAAUAUCAAAGAAGUCCUGAACCGCCUCUUCAUGUCCGCUUCCUGGUGUUCCCGUCUCGGUGGUCAAGCCGUUGUAAUCCUUGAUGACCUUGACAAGCUCUGUCCCGUGGAGACCGAGAUGCAGGUUGGAAAUGACAACGGUCGCAGCCGCCAGAACAGUGAAGUCAUUUGCUCUAUGGUCCGGGAAUACUGUUCCAUGAACUCUUCCGUCGUCUUGCUAGCUACAGCCCAGGCCAAGGAGUCCCUGAACAAUGUCAUCAUUGGGGGCCAUGUGGUGCGCGAGAUCAUCAAUAUGCGAGCCCCAGACAAGGAGGGGCGCCGAAAGGUUCUGGAGAAGCUUACCAGUCAAGAUAAGCCUAUGGAAUCACUCAAUGGCCACGUACGGUCAACUAGCUCUUCCACACAGAACACACAAGACUCCUGGCUGGAUCCAUCAAAUCCUGGAAGUCGGCCUAGCUCCUCUGGUGGUGAUGGAUUCGUACUCAGCAGAGAUAUUGAUUUCCUAGAGCUUGCCGGUAAAACUGAUGGAUAUGCGCCAGGAGACCUGGUAUUGUUGGUUGCUCGGGCACGCAAUGAAGCCUUGAUCCGCUCUGUUUCCGAUCUAGCUUCCGAAUCCAAAAUGAUCACUCUUGGGACUGAAGACUUUGACAGUGCGCUGAAGGGAUUCACACCCGCGUCUCUCCGCAACGUCACCCUGACCUCGUCCACGACCACUUUCUCCGCGAUUGGCGGUCUGUUUGAGACUCGGAAGAUGCUGUUGGAGACCCUGCAAUACCCAACCAAGUAUGCACCUAUCUUCGCGCAGUGCCCGUUGCGACUUCGGUCUGGUCUACUCUUGUACGGCUUCCCUGGUUGCGGCAAGACGCUGCUCGCGAGUGCUGUGGCUGGCGAGUGUGGCUUGAACUUCAUCAGCGUGAAGGGUCCUGAGAUUCUGAACAAGUAUAUCGGUGCCAGUGAAAAGAGUGUUCGAGACCUGUUCGAGCGCGCUCAAGCUGCCCGCCCUUGCGUCCUAUUCUUUGAUGAAUUCGACAGUAUUGCACCGAAGCGUGGUCAUGACUCGACAGGUGUCACUGACCGCGUCGUCAACCAGCUUCUGACACAAAUGGACGGUGCUGAGGGUCUCUCCGGUGUUUACGUACUGGCAGCAACCUCACGGCCUGAUCUGAUUGACCCAGCGCUUCUGCGUCCUGGUCGUCUGGACAAGUCCCUACUCUGUGAUAUGCCUGCACGUGCUGACCGUCUCGACAUUAUUCGGGCCGUGAGUGAGAAGCUCAAGAUGAAUGACGAGGUUCGUUCUCGGCUGGAUGAAGUCGCUGCUCGGACCGAGGGCUUGUCCGGCGCUGACCUUCAGGCUGUUGUGUACAAUGCCCACCUGGAGGCUGUGCAUGACGCUCUCGGUGACCAUUCCAGUGGCGAGAAGGCUGGUGCAAAGUCUAGCACUACGAAGAGCUCAUCAGUUAGCACUUCGACUCGGUCCUUUAUCCAGUUCCUUUACUCGUCAUCUGAGGAAGCCUCUGGAUCUGUUUCUUUGCCUCCUCCGGCUGUGGUGGCCGCCAAGCUGGAUGCCAUCAAGAAUGCCCGCCGCCGCCAGCGCCAGCUCGAGAAUGGCUCCGCUGUGCCAAAUGGUACUGAUGCUGAUGCCGACGAGUUGCGGGAUGACAUCGUCGUCCGCUGGGAGCACAUGGAGCGAUCCUUGAGCUCCACCCGUGCGUCUCUCAGCCCGGCCGAGCGUAGACGUUUCGAGGGCAUUUACCGGGAGUUUGUCGUUGGCCGCAAUGGAGAGAUGCCCAAUGGCGAGGCAGCCAAUGAAAUUGGCGGGCGAUCUAGCCUGAUGUGA